AUACAUAAUGGAACGGAAGCUAUUAUAUGCAUUUCGCGGAUGGAUUGCCUUUGUGGCCUUCAUGGAUUUAGGUACAGCCUUCCGGUGUUACAUAGAGCGACGGAGUUUUCUAGGAGAUCAUUCUGAAACGCAGUUUAUAGAAGGAGACUACACAAUUUCUAGGAUACUGGGAAUAUAUUGUAUAUUAAAAGCAGUCGCAUUAGUUCAUUGUACGCUGUACAUACAUUACAAACCAGUUGUUAGCAUGGGAGGCUGCUCAUUAGCAAUUACAAUGAUGCUAUACAUAACGGAGGCCUUGUAUUUCCGCUCAACUACGUUAAACUUCUACGUUAUAUUUCCUUGCGUUUUGAAUUCGAUAACACUUAUAGGUCUAUUAUAUAUUCCACGUAAAUUGCGACUCUGGGAGCAUCGAAUUGCUUCCGAAAAUGAUGACGAAAAUUCGCAACUGUUGAAGCAAAUGGGAGGAUUCAAAAAAAGACGAGCGCAUAAAAAUAAAACACCAUGAACAGUGUGAAUAGCAUAAUGUGAGGUCUUUUUCUAUUAUCGUUAUUUUCAAAUAGUAUCCCAACCCACCUGUUCUUAUAUAUUUUGGCACCCUCAAGACUUGUUUUCAUGAGUAAGAGUCGACUAUGUUGUAUUACAAAAGUACGGUAAUCCCAACGACCCAACAGAUAACCAUAUCGAUGGUAUAAUCAUUAAAAAUUUCUCACAAUUUUGCACGAUUCAAUAUGUUUUCAAACAAUUAUUUAAAACACAAAUAAACAGCCUCACAAUCUUGCCUAUA